UACUUGAUUUAAUGAACCAUGGCGGUGAGAGUCCCUCAUCAAAAUCUCCGUAAAAUCCUCACCCAGCUCGAAUCCGGACUACCCGAGUCCGCUCAGAUGUAUGGUAUGGUCAGGAGUUUUAUUCGAGGUGUCCCGAGUGGUUUGGAAUUGUGGGUUGACAGUUUAAACUUGCCUCAGGUUUUUGUCGUCAGUGCUAGCCAAACAAAGAGUAAGAAUACUUACUGUGGGUCACUGGUCAACGUUCACUGUACGAACCAUAGCAACCUUCGCCGUGUCAUUCUGUCCCCCGGUCUACUCAAUUUCAAACAAGAAUUGUUUUUUCGAGGGGUAAAUGCGAGAACUUUGACGAUCUUAGAAGAGAUUUUUCCGUCUGGAAGUUUCCGUGAUGUAAGCGUUCCAGGAACGACUCAAUUGUAUUUCACAUCCAAUGAAGAAGACAUAUUGAAAAUCGAUGUCCCUGAUGACUUCUGUGUGGGUCCAUUCAAUGAAAAAGUUUCCCGGAGAAUUGAAGAGGUUUGGAAAUUCACCCCUCAGGGCAUCAGCCAGAUGAAGUUGGAUGAACGUAAGUGGGGAUUUCCGGGUUUUGCAGUAUAUCACGUGACUUCCGGGAAUCUUGCCGGGUGGGCUGUUCAGAACAUUGAUGGAAUCAUGGGUCAUUUGUUUGCGGAAGAAAAAUAUCGCGGAAGAGGUGUAGCCAAAUUUCUGACUUCAGUACUCGCCAGGAGUGUGAUAAAACAAGAUGGCUUUGUAGCGGCGGAGAUCGUGAAAAGCAACAUCACGUCUAAGACUGUGACAAGUUAUAUCGGACUAGCGGAAGUGAAAGGUUCCGAGUUUGAAUGUAGAAUGUUCAGAUUAAACUUGGACAGUAAAUUCAAGUGA